AUGUGCUACCUUGAGUCGCGCGACCACUAUGCCUGUGCCGAGGCGGAGGCUGCUGCCACUCUCGACGCCCUCUGCUGCAUGCUCUCGCCGGUGGCGUUCGCAAAGCCUGCAAGUGUUGCACCCCUCCUCCCAAAGGGCAAGGUGAAGGAAGGUGCCUGUGUGGUUCUUCUGCAGCUCCCAAUGAGGAUUGUUGUGUCCAACCUGCACAAGAAUGCCAAGAAGUCCUUCUCGGAGACGAUUAAGGACAUGUACCUGCACUACAACAAGAGAUCUGGGCUGCUUUUUUGUGGCUUCCAAACUUGA